AUGGCGCUCGCGACUGAGCACAUUGACUCCAUAAGGAGUGAAUUGAAGCAGGAGGGGGCGAUCCAAGCUGCUCAAGAUCCCCAGUCCAAUGUUUCUCCGGAAGCCGCAGAGAAGGUCCUCGUCGAAGAGAGCAAAAAGGCCGAUGUAGCUGCAUACCAGUUUGAUCCCAAUGCGACAACUGAACAAAAGAAUGAGCAGGUUAAGAUGACCAUCCCUACGAACCUCCAUCGUGACAAGAAACCACCCCCGGUUGCUGUGACUACCGAUAUCGUUAAUGGCUCCACAGACUUAAAGUCACCGACGACGGGGAAAACAGUAGACGGUCCGGUAUCGCCUCUACCAAAGGCAGGCGCCGAACUCUCAGACGAAGAGCGAUGGGCCCGAGAUCGAACCGGAUGGGCCCCCCGUUUCCACACCCAAGAGGACGAAGUUGACGAGGGAGAGAUCCUGCUUGAUCACCAAACAUUGCUUGAAAGUAAAUUGGAUGACAAUCUGUUCGGAGAUUGGUAUCAUAAUGCGGGCAUUAUUGUAUUUGCCUGUCUUGCGUCCUGGUUCGUGGCUCUUAUCGGGGGUGGUCUAGGAUGGGUAUUCAUCGUCAUGGCGACCUGUGGCACAUACUAUCGAACGUCGAUACGGCGUACCCGAAGGAACUUUCGAGAUGAUAUCAAUCGCGAGUUGGCCAAGAAUCGACUGGAGACAGAUACAGAAAGCCUCGAGUGGAUUAAUAGCUUCCUGGUCAAAUUCUGGCCUAUAUACGCACCAGUAAUCGGUGAUACGAUUAUCAAUUCGGUCGACCAGGUUCUCAGCACGGCGACGCCCUCAUUUUUGGACAGUUUGCGUUUGAAGACCUUCAUCCUAGGCACCAAACCUCCGCGACUCGAGCAUGUUAAAACUUACCCAAAGACAGAAGUGGAUACCGUCCUAAUGGAUUGGAAAUUCAGUUUCACUCCCAACGAUACCAUGGAUUUAACUGCACGCCAGCUUCGCAACAAGAUCAACCCUAAAGUGGUGUUGGAGGUACGGAUAGGCAAAGGCGUGGUCAGCAAGGGUCUUGACGUGAUUGUUGAAGAUUUUGCGUUUUCAGGCUUGAUGCGUGUUAAAUUCAAGCUCCAGAUCCCGUUCCCGCAUAUCGAACGUGUUGACGUAUCAUUUUUGGGCGAGCCAGAGAUUGACUACGUGUGCAAACCACUGGGCGGAGACCUUCUAGGUUUUGAUAUAAAUAUCAUCCCGGGCUUGGAGUCCUUCAUCAAGGAUCAGAUACAUAGCAAUCUUGCGCCGAUGAUGUAUGAUCCGAAUGUUUUCCCCGUCGAAAUUGCGAAGAUGCUUGCUGGUAAUCCAGUAGACCAGGCCGUCGGGGUCGUGGCCGUCACCAUUCAUGGUGCUCAUAACUUGAAGAAUACCGACAAGUUCUCUGGCUCUCCUGACCCCUAUGCGGUCGUGUCCAUCAACAGCCGAAAUGCACUUGCCAGAACCAAGACUGUGCAUGAAACCUCAAAUCCGAGAUGGAACGAGACACUGUACAUUAUCAUCACUUCCUUUACGGAUUCCCUCACUGUGCAAGUCUACGACUACAAUGAAAUUCGAAAGGAUAAAGAACUUGGCACUGCGACCUUCCCGAUGGAAUCUCUUGAGGCCGAACCGGAGCACGAAAAUAUAUCACUCGACAUCAUGUCUAGUGGACGCCCACGGGGCAACUUGCAAAUGGACGUUAGAUUCUUCCCGGUUAUGGCAGGUGGAAAAAACCCCGAGACCGGAGUGGAAGAGCCACCACCGGAACUGAACACAGGUAUUGCAAAGAUUACAAUUGAACAGGCUAAGGAUCUUGACGGCACCAAGAGUCUUGUGGGACAAUUAAACCCCUACGGGGUUUUACUUCUGAAUGGCAAAGAAAUCCAUAUCACCAAGAAGCUCAAACGCACAAACAAUCCGAUUUUUACAAAUCCAUCCAAAGAGGUCCUUAUCACUGAUCGAAAAUCUGCCCGUCUCGGCUUGAUCAUCAAAGAUGACCGUGACCUCGUCGCUGACCCAGUCAUGGGAACCUACCAAAUCAAACUCAAUGAUAUGCUGAAAAUGAUGGAAAAGGGGCGCGAAUGGUUCAAUCUUAACGGUGCUAAAACGGGCCGCGCUAAGCUAAAAGUUGAAUGGAAGCCUGUUGCUCUUAGAGGAGUGGUUGGAAGCGGUGGCUAUGUGACGCCGAUCGGAGCGCUAGGGAUCUCAGGAAUGUGGAAACCAUGGGGCAAAUCCGACCCUUAUGUCAAAGUUCUUCUUUCGGGAGUGGAAAAAGGGCGGACCGUUACUUGGAAAAACAAUUUGAACCCGGAUUGGGACGAGGUAGUAUACGUGCCUAUGCAUUCUCCGCGGGAAAAGAUCAUGCUUGAAGUCAUGGACGAAGAAUCCAUUGGCAAGGACCGACCUCUGGGAUCGUUGGAACUGUCUGCGGCAGAUUAUAUUCACGAAGGGGAGGACGGUCAAUAUGAGGUUGACGAUGAGAAACAACUGCUGUCAACCGGCCUCCGUUUAGAAGGACGUGGCCACCCCAAGGGCGUCCUCAACUACACAGUUGCUUUCUACCCGACACUCAACGUAGCCGAUCCUGAAGAGGAAGAGGAAGAAGCCAAGACCAAACAAGCUAUGGAAGGCCAAGUCGCUUUGGAGUCAAGAAAGAGUAUCGAAAGUACACGUUCUGCCAACACGGAUUCUCUUCAAGCAAACAUGGAACCUAAAGCAAACGGCCGGACAAGUACUGACACAAGUUUGUCGAAACCUCUAUCCAACGGUGAAACAGUGGUAGAAUCGCCAAUCGAAAAAACCGUUCCCAAGAUCCAUAUCACUCCCGAAGAUGUAUCUCAAUAUGAAUCCGGCUUGAUUGUCUUUAAAAUCAUCGAAGGCCACCUAUCACACAAUGACGUUCAACUCGAAGUUUUGAUGGAUGACUAUGUGUUCCCUUGUUACACAUCUGCUAAGGCGCGCUCGAAACAUACAGUAUUCAACGACGUUGGGGAUGCGUUUGUUCGCGAACUUGAGUUCUCGAAGAUGACCCUUCGCUUAGUUGAGAAGACUGACAAAAAGGGCGACGAUGAUCAUGAUCAUGCUAUUGCAAAACUGAGCGGCCCAACGCUUACGACACUUCAGCAAUGUUUGUAUAAACCCACGGAGUUAACGUUGAGAUCCAGCGAUGGCGCUGUCAGCAAGGUUAAAGUGAGCCUCAAGUAUAUACCAGUGAUGAUGAAACUGGAUCCUUCAGAGAGCAUUAGCAACAUGGGGAAUCUGCGUGUCGAUGUCCUUGAUGCAGCAGACCUCCCAUCGGCAGAUCGAAAUGGCUACAGUGACCCGUACUGUAAAUUCAAACUUAACGGGAAGGAAGUCUUCAAAACAAAGGUGCAAAAGAAGACAUUGCAUCCCGCGUGGAAUGAAUGGUUCGAAUGUGCUAUCUCGUCCAGAAUUGCGGCAGAUUUCAAGGUUGAAGUCUAUGACUGGGAUUUUGGAGAAAAGGCAGACUACCUAGGUGGUGCUACGAUCGCCUUGGACCAACUUGAAGCUUUCCGGUCGCAAGAAGUAUCGAUUCCCCUGGAUGGCAAAUCGGGUGCCAUCCGAUUGAAGCUUCUUUUCAAGUCGGAUUAUAUCAUACGUUCUCGGCAAGGUUCGUCGACCUUUUCGGGUACUUUCGCAACCCCUGGAAAGAUCGUUGGCGCUCCCGUUAAAACAGUUGGUUUAAUCGGCGGCGGAGUGGUGAAGGGCGCUUCCUUCUUGAAGCAUGGUCUUUUACGCGUUCGGCACAGCAGCAAGGACGAUCCCGAUGCUUCUUCCCCAGAAAUUUCAGCUCCAAGCAACGGGGUGCCCAAUGUCGAAGUUACCCCAACGCCUCAUCAGACUCCAGCGCUUGUUGAAAGCUCUCCGCCACCCUCAGCAGCAGCAUCUCCUCAGGUCCAUUCCCGUUCUCGAAGCACCGCCUCACAAGUUGGAGAAAGACUUGGGUUCGGGGGAUCCGGCGUGAAAGGAGAGACUGGAUCGGCAACCUUUACGAUCGUUUCUGCUACUGGGUAUCCACCAUCCACCAAUGUCCGUGUCACUGUGAAGCAGUCAACCUCGAGGGGAUGGAAAGAAAUCCACAAGUCGAAAGCUCACAAGGUUUCCUCCUCUGGUUCUUCAACGCCGUCCAGUGGAGGAUGCGUUGUCACGUUUGACCAAGGGCAUGAAACUUUUAGAGUGAAGGACGUAGCCGCAGAUGUUCAGUUCCAGAUUCAAGUCAAAGACCACGCCACAUUCGGCUCGGACCAGGUUCUCGGCGAAGCGAUAUUGUGCAAACCCAAAGCUCUUAGCCCAUUAAUCAAAACAAGAUUAGAAAGAGAGAUAACUACAAUGGCGGGCGCUCCCUUCACCGUUUCCGCCUCCUCCCUCCAAGGCCUCCGAGACAAAACCAUCCUCAUCACCGGCGGCUCCUCUGGCAUCGGCCUCUCCACCGCCGAACUCUUCCUCUCCCUCUCUCCCAACAACAACAUCUCCAUCCUCGACCUCUCCCCUCCCCCGUCCACUUCCCCGCUCAGCAGUCCCGAAAAUGCCCAUCGCGUCCACUUCGCCAAGUGCAACAUCACCGUGUGGAAAGAACAGCGCGCGGCCUUUGCCGCUACGAUCUCACGCUUCGGGUACCUGGAUGCGGUUUUUGUGAAUGCGGGUAUUGCAGAGUACCGGGACCAGUUCUUUCGGGAUGAGUUGGACGAGAGUGGGGGACUGAAGGAGCCGGAUCGGAGAGUGUACGAUGUGGAUCUGGCGGCGGCAAAUGAUACGGUGAAAUUGGGGGUGUAUUGGAUGCGGAGGACGAUUGGGAAGUCAGAGGAAGAGGGAGGGAAGAAGAAAAGGGCGGGGAGCAUCGUGAUGACGGCGAGUUUGGCAGGCUAUUUGGCGAGUGCAGGGGCGCCGUUGUAUAGUGCCGCGAAGCAUGGAAUUGUCGGAUUGAUGCGCGCGCUCAAGCACGACGUGGCAACGCUGAAUAUCGCUGUAUCCGUCGUCGCGCCGGCCAUCACGGUUACGCCCAUCAUCGCCGGCCCUGAGCUGCGGAACAAUGCGGAUCCAGCAGAAUGGGCUGCCCAAAUGGCCAAAAUCGGCGUUCCGAUCAACAAGCCAGAAAGCGUAGCAUUAGCAGUUGCUCACCUGGUCGAUCUGGGCAUGAAGGCCAACGGGAUGGGGUUGCUUGUGCAAAAGGACCAAAUGGUCGAUGUUGAACGGGGACUCGCAAAGUCUCGAAGCCAAUGGAUGAGCCAGGAGAUGCUGGAUCUGUUCAGAGGCGGGAGAGCAGCGCCAUUGUUUGAGAACAAGCUGUGA